CAGGCUCAGUCCAGAGGUCUGUGACACCCUCGUUGCGAUCCCCAGGAUCCCCUCGGAGACUCCGCCUACGAUGGGACUGACCGUAUCUGGAGGUCUCCGUCCCGCUGGGACAAACGCUCGGAGACUGCCGAAGCGGGGACAAUUGGAGACGCCAUAUAUCCAACCAUCCCCAACGCACGGUUGACGGGUUUCUUCUUCAUAUAAGCCCGUUACAGCAAUUUCUACGUGACUGUCUAAUCACAUCUAUCGCUCCACCGCGCCAUCAUGCCCUCCGCACUCCCCCCACUAUCGUCGAUUACAUCACUCCCGCAGGAGCAACAAUUCCAGGUUCUGGAUACACUCUUCGAGUCGUCGCCUGAACUCCAUACCCUCAUGGCCCCCGUCCUGGCCAACCAGACGUUCUCUUCCUACUCCAGAUUGAUCGAUGCCGUUGGAGGUCGCAUGUCAGCCCUGUCCGCCGCCAACUCGUCCAAGGACAGAGAAGUCCUGGUGGGCAUUCUGGGGUCGCACCCCCGCCUGGGACAGCCCAAGGGAGCCCCGACGGAGCAUUUGAGCGAAUUAAGUAAGAAGGAACAAGCAAACCUUAACAGUGGAGCAGAGGAACAAGCGGAGAAAUUGAAGGUCAUGAAUGCGGAAUACGAGCAAAAGUUCCCUGGUUUGCGAUUUGUGACAUUUGUAAAUGGACGCAACAGGGAUGUCAUCAUGGAGGAGAUGCGCCAGAGGAUUGACAGGGGUGAUGCCGACCGUGAGGUGGACGAAAUUAUCCAGGCCAUGUGUGACAUCGCAAAGGAUCGGGCACAGAAACUGGAGCAAUCAGCAAAGAUAUAGGUUCUACAUUUUACAGAUAGAUUUGAACAAUGAACACCCUUUCGCCACCAGGUCCUUGUUUGUCGAG